UUUCUCGAAAUGGGAAAAAUCCUAACAAUGAGAGUUAAAAAAAUUCAAAAUCAAUAAAUUUUUGUUGAAAAUGGGUGAAACUUUGUCUGUGAGAUAAAUGAAAAAAGUUUUACCUUUAAAGAUCAAAAACUUAACUUGGAGAUGGAGAUGACAACAACUUCAGUGACGAAGUUGAAGUGGAGAAGAUGAGAGUUGAAGCUGAGGAUACCAUUUUUUUUUUAGAGAGAAGAGAGAAGCAUAGGAGAAGAAAAGGUUAAAUGAAAUGAAAUCAGUAAAGUAAGAAUAUAUUUUGGGGGUUGAAUUAUUUUUCUAUAUUUUCAAUAUUUGAAAAUUUUAAAAAUUACAUUACAUCACAUUCUAAUUUAACUUAAUCACUAAUUAAAAAAAAUUGAUUCAGAAAGAUCAAAUUUAUUAUCAAUUUUAAUUUCAAAACUUAUUUAUCAACCUAUAAUCAGUUUUCUCAUGUUGGGAUGUGCCCAUCAUAUGGAAAAGAUCAUCUGGUGAUAUUCUUGACUAACAUGCACCACUACUGCAUCCCCACGUGGAAACUUGACAGUCAUCAACUGGAUGAACCUUUGGUAAAUAUCAGCAGAGUAUUGACUCGGUAACAAAGCGCACAACACCAUUUCUGAACUCGGGAGCAUCCAUAUUUUCGACUAACUUGAAGUGCAAAAAAGAUGUCUGUAGCUUUUCUACAGCAAAGUUUCCUAAUUGCUCCUCUUUCUCUAACAUACAAACCCAGAAAAAAUAAUACCUUCGUUCGGGUACAUAGCACUAAAAUCUUGUCUAAGCACAGCCCAGAUGACCCACAAGACUCUUUGUGGAAAAGUGAAAAUAAAUUUGCCGAGUUAGCAUUAGUUGCAGUGGCAGCUGGAGUUUUGACACUGGGGUCAGUGGAUCCAGCAUCAGCUGCUAAGACUGGUGGGCGAGUUGGUGGUCAGGCUUUUCGAUCAACAGCUCCUCGCUCUUCCUUACCAAGAAUCAACAAUUCAAGAACAAAUAUCUAUAUCAAUCCACCAGUUGCUCCUCCUCUAGUUGGUGGAUAUGGCUAUGGUGUUCCAUUCUAUGGUGGAUGGGGCUGGUCACCAUUCUCAUUCUUCGCACCGGGGCCUGGCGUUGCAGUUGGCAUCGGAGGUGGAUUCGAUACACUGGUGCUCUUCUUGGUUCUUGGUGCUGUUACUGCUUUUCUUAGGAGGGUCCUUGGGAAAACAAGAGACGAAGAUGAGUACUAGCACAUGUUCACACAAAUCUAGCUUUGUACAAGUGACUGCUGAUGCAUAUAUAGCAGUGUCAUUAGAAGUAGUAUAUAAAUUAAUUAACCUUAUGUAUUGACGAUAUUUUUCCUUCGUUUCUGUGUAAAUUUAUCUGCAAUAUAUUUUAGUAAAGCAAUCUUCUUGUA